GCCCCAUCUUCGACCACGACGUGUAGACUGGUCCUCUAUCCUGCGAGGCCUAUCGUAUUUUACCCUUCCGUCAAUCCCGCUCACUCUAGUUACUUAUAGCCCCCCAGAAAUUUCUUUUCUCUCUCACUCCUUACUCCUUUCUGCAUGAUGAAUCUGGACGGGCCCAUAUCCGGCUUAUCAUUCCGGAGCAAAUUCAUUCAGCUAUCCCAUGAUCUUUCUUCAGUAGAUAGCUACGUAGCUGCCGCACACAACCUGUUGGGCUGUUCAACAUUUUCCCCCGAAGAUUUUCAGGACCAUUGUAUGAAGAUCCUCGAACUUGUCGAAAUAUCUCGCGACACCCUCUUACGACUGGACGUACAGCUACACAGUUUUUGCUCAUGCCCGCCUUACUAUCAGCCAUUGAAAGAAGCCUACUAUGACCUCUUGCGCUUGUUGAAGUCUCGGCGUAAAUUAUUUCCCUUCAGACUUCGAGACCGCGUGACGAGACUUACUUUACCGCUUAUGACCACGUUCCGUAUAUGUGCCGGUCUUCACGAUCAGGAACAAUGCAUGCUGAACGAGUUUCGUCUUCAGCCUCGGCCGUCCGCCCCGGCAACAUCUUGGAGCGAUGAAGCCUUGAUGCCGCCCCCAGACAAAAUUUCACGGCCCCAUGAUGCCAUCUUUAGUUGUGAGUGGACCCCAAGAAAGCCACGCGGUCCACCUAUGGCAUUGCCGCACGUCACGGAAGACUUAGACCGCUCCGAUGAAGAGGGAAUUGAAGAUAAUUCGGAGGAAGAAUCAUUCCGGCCAGUUUUGCUGAAGCCUAUGACAAGGCAUUUUGGUAUCUUUUGCACCAAGAAUUCCUCUAUGUUUCGUUUGCAUUGAUUAGCUCAGUUUUCAUAUGGAUGUUCUUCAUAUUUUUUUUUUGUUCGUGUCCUGAUGUAUGUACAUUUUCAUCUCUUG